AUGGCGCCCCUUUUGACCCGUAUCCAAGAUUGUGUGUGGACUUCUGCUGAUGUCCCCGAAAUCAAGGACAAGAAUGCAUCAGUUAUAUUACGGGAUUCAGUGGAUUUCUCACUCUCUUAUAGUCCAGAUAAGCUUCUCAGUGUGUUUACCUCGGAAUAUCAGUGCUCUCUCGGUCUUCCACCUAGCAUCAUAACGCUCCUCAAUGCCAGUUGGCUGCUCACUGUGCGCUGCUUCUCUCCGGCGCAGGAAAUCUACCUCGGUCGGCAUUCGGAGCGCGGCGUGUACUUCAUCACUAGAUUGGCACAGGGGGGAGGCCGCCGUGUCGCCAUCGAACUGAACUGCGAGGCUCCGGUCAAAAACCUCAUCCGAGAUGUCUCUCUUAUUCAGUCUGAGGCGACGUCGCAGAUGUCAGUGGGCGACGAUUCUUCCGACGAGGCCGCUGAGAAAUUUCUGACGACCACGAUUUGCUACACGGAAGAAUUAUCUGCCAUGACAGAGGGAUCAAGAGAGGGAGAUUUUAACCCAGGGCACAUCAAUUCCAAGCUCUUCCUGGGCAUCUGUCAAGCAAACGGUGAACUUCGAGCGAAGCUCACCUUUUCUGUCUCCGACAUCUCUAGAGAUCUUGCACUUAGUAUGUUGCACACCUUUGAUAGGGCCAUCGGGGCGGUGCUUUCAUCUCCAUUACGAUCCCUGGGAGAGUUGGACCUGUGCUCAAAACACGACCGUCAGUUGUUGCAAAGAUAUACUGAGAGUGUAUCCGAAUCCUAUGAAGUGCUGCUGCACGACUUAGCCUUACGGCAUGCACAGCUAACCCCUGAUGCACCGGCUGUUCAUUCAUGGGAUGGUGACUUGACCUACGCACAGCUGGAUGAUGCAACCUCUCGACUUGGACAGUUUCUGGCCAGUAUCGGUGUAGGUCCGGGAAACUUUGUAAUCAGCUGUUUUGAGAAGUCUACGUGGGCAAUUGUCGCCCGCCUGGCUAUUAUGAAAGCCGGCGCCGCAUAUAUCUCCGUUGACGCGACUGAUCCGCCCGUUUACCUUGAGAAUGUGAUUCGCCGCGUGAAUGCAAAAAUAAUCCUCACCUCCCCAGCCUAUCAACCUAGAUACACCCCUUUCGUCCCGUCGGUCAUUGCAGUUACACCAGAAAUGGUACAUGCUCUUCCAGUCAGCACUGGUAUCAUCUGUCCCCUGGUAAAACCCAGUGAUGCUUGUCUCAUCUUGUUCACUUCGGGGAGUACUGGAGAGCCAAAAGGAAUUAUUCAAGAGCACCGAGCGUAUGCUACGGCUGUCCGGGAUUACAACAAAUUGCUUGGAAUAGGUCGCCACAGCCGCGUGCUGCAAUUUGAUGAUUACGCGUUUGAUAUCAGCAAUAAUGACUAUUUGACCACCCUCACCGCUGGUGGAUGCUGCUGUGUCCACACUCCGGGCAAGUCUAUAUCUACUCUCGUGGAGAACACCAAUACCCUUCAGGUCAACAUGACCUUUCUGACCCCGACUAUCGCCGCUCAAAUUUCCCCUCAGGAUGUGCCAACGUUGGAGUUGGUCUGCCUUGGUGGUGAGCCCAUGUCAAACGAGCUCCUGAUGAGAUGGUCCCCUCAUGUGAGACUGGUCAACCAGUAUGGCAUGGGGGAGGCUGCCACCUUCUGCGCGUACAACGACCAAGUCAAACCGGGCCAGAACGCUAUUGUCGGACGCAGCGGAAGCGGAGCCAUUUGGAUAACCAGUCCGGAAUCUCCGGAGUGCCUGAUGCCCGUCGGCGCCGUCGGCGAGAUUCUGAUUGAAGGCCCCCACCUGGCCCGAGGAUACCUGGAUGGUGUCUGCCAGAAACCCGAUGUUGGAUUCUUACCGAGUGUACCAACCUGGCUCAAAGAUCUCCACCCGUCUCGGGCAGCCACGUCCAGGUUCUAUCGCUCCGGAGACCUGGGGAGAUAUACACAUGCCGGCAUUGUGGAACAUCUGGGCCGCAAGGACACCCUCCUCAAAAUUAAUGGAUAUCGAGUCGAAGCCACCGAGGUUGAGUACGUCCUCCGUAGGUUUUUGGGCCCUGGGGACGCGGUCAUCGUGGACCUGCUCGGCGAGAUCGAUGGCCCUCGAGAGCCGUUUCUAGUCGCUUUCCUGUGGUUGCCUAACAGUGAGGACCAUUUCGUCCCCGCUGCUUCGCAUAACUCGGUCGUGUUUCUUCCUAUCACCAGUCACCACUCGGCUCAUCAAUUGGCGCAAAGGAUGAAGGUCGAGGUCAUGGCUACGCUGCCUGUUCACAAGAUACCGGAAUACUUUAUUCUCGUCAGUCACAUCCCCAGAACCAGGUCUAAUAAAACUGACCGCCGCAAAUUGCACCACCUCGCGCAGAAGUCCUACUUGUCGGGGGUUCUAAGCAAGAUUUAG